UAACAAACAUGCGAGUUCAAUUCUCAGCCCCGACGGACAGAGGACCGCUGGGCUGUAAUACCCAGUGCACACUGCUAAUAAUUCGAUAAAGAUGUGUGUGAUUCAGUCCAGAACACUGAUGACUUUUUUCCAUAUUCGCGUUCAAAACUGCGGGCAGUUCCUGAAGUUGGACGUUGUUUCCCAAACCUUCUCUGCUAUGAACUUGAUACAUUAGGCUUUGAGGAUAAGAUAAUUAAAGGAUGCUAGGGCCAAGGCCUAGGCCGGCCUAGCAGGGAUCUCAGAUGGGAACUUAAAAAUUUGACUUGGAACACCAACUUUUGAUCUGGCGUAAAAGUGAGGCUUAAAUCUGGGAACUAGCCUCAAGUCCCGUCAGACUGUCAGACAGGCCCCAGGGAAGACCGAGCGACGUCUUGGGGUAUGAUCUCCGAACAUAAACGAUGGACCAUAACGGACCAUUGACGGUGACUUGCUGUUUGCACGAAGUUUUCCCGCACGAGGAAAUGGCGACAGACGAGUUACCAAAAGACUCGAAAUUGAGGUGUUUACGGGAGCUUGGGUUUUCAACCGAAGACGUUAGUUAUGUGGAUGCAAGAAACAGAUAUUUGUUAACAGCUUUCAAGUAUCAUCCAAAGAAAAAUGAGAGUCCUGAAGCUACCGAAAAAUUCCAAGAACUGACAACAUUUUGUGCCAUCUUGUUUGACACGUUUUGUAUGGAGACCAAAGGCACUUCCUGUGAACGAGAUUUCUGCAAGACCUGCAACGCUUUGGAUGUGUUUUUGUCUAACCUCCAAUACUGUGAUAAAUAUUUUAAGGAUGAAGUAAUCAAAAGUGAGAUUUGGUUCUUUGAUUUACUGAAUCAGCUUGUAAGACAACACAGGUUCAUGUCCAAGAAAAAAAAGAGGCAAAAUCUACAAAAGCCACUCACAGACGAAGAAAAGGAACUCUUUGAUUUUUACGACAGCAUACCAAACCCAAUGGAGCAGAGACGCAAGUCUGUAAAUGCAGAGAUAAAAGAACAGCAAAGAUGCAGCAGAGUCAAAGAUUCGACGGAGGAGGACAGUAGAGACACUUCUGGCCAACAGGAUACAACAACAAGCAGUGAGAAUUCUUCUGGUUUGCUGACAUCAUCUUCCUUAGAAAGUGCUGAUGCUGUUGAACGACAUGCUUCGGACAAAGAGGUCACUGAUGCAUCCGUUAUGGACACGGUUCAAGUGGAGAGUAAAAAGCAAAAAGGGAAGAAGGAGAAACCUAACAAAUAUACUGUAACCAAGAAAGAAAAGAAGGAAAGAGAAGCUAAAAGGAAGAUGGAAAUAGUAGGGAUCAGGCAUGUGCUUAUGAAAAAGUGUAAGCUUGAUGAGAGUGUAGUGGAGAAAAAGGAGUCUGCCAUUGUUCUGUCCAGAGACAGUAUUUGUUCUUCAUCAAAAAAUGAAAUAGAAAGACAAAGGUUAGAAAAAGAAAGGAGGAAACUAAGCUGGGAAAAGCGGAUGCGAGACCUGGCCAGAGCGGACAAAGAGCAUGCCAAGAAGAUGAAAAGACUAGCCAAAAAGGGCAAAGCUAGUGCUUCCAUGGAACACACUGAUGGUGAUGUGACCAUAUCAACUUCAAACUCCUCUUUUGAUAAUCAAAACGAGUCAUCCAGUUGUGGCCAGUCACUGUCAGAGCCCCAGCAAAAUCUGAGUACUGCCUCGUCCUCUUCAGACAACAGAAGCCAAGAGAUCAGCAUUUGCUCUUGUUUUAAAAGUACUUCUAUGGAACACUCUUGUGAUGAUGUGACAACGUCAACUUCGAACUCCUCAUUUGAAAAUCAGAACAAGUCAUCACCCAAUCAUGGCCAACCGCUCUCAGAGUCCCGGCAAAAUCUGAUUACGGCCUCGUCACCAUCAGGCAACAAAAGCCAAGCAACCAACAGUUGCUCCAGGGCUAAAAAGCCAGAGAAAAGUUAUACUGACAAACAUUUUGAGAUGUUUUGGAACCUCCUAAAGGAACAACCUCAGCGUCACACUCUGCAGCAAGUGCAGGAGGAGCGUAAAAGAGCCCAUGAGGAAGCCAUGCAGCAGCAAAAAGAAGAUCUGAAAAAGUUUCGACUGGAUGGCGCAGCUGAACAAGAACUGCCUGGGCCAGAGGGGAAGCAGAGUGUGCUGAGGAGGCUGAGAGAGAAAGAAAGACAGAGGAACUUGGAGGAGGAGGAAGCCUUACAAAAGUCAGAUGCCAAGAGCAGAAAGUCCGACACAAGGCACAAACAAAGCCAGGAUGCAAUAGGAAGCAUGGACAAACCAGAAGCAAGAACAGGGAAAAGAAGUAGACAUCCUCUUGUUCCUGCUCCUUCUCAGAAUGCAUGGAGGACAAAGGGCGAUUCUUUUCUUACGCCAGACAGGACAAAUCUUGUACCUGGGUCAAAGGAAGAAGAAGACUUUAUGUUCAGACGAGCCCAGGAGCUGAGCAAAAAAUGUAGAGCUGAUGGCAUCGCUAAAAGGACCAACACUUUAGCAGAAAGCCAAGAUGUGAUGAUGAAUGACGAUAAAAGUCAAAGGAGUUCGAAAAGAGGUUGUCACUCAAGAGCCAGUUUAGGUGGUGUGUCUGCCACGACAGGUGUCCCGCUGCCUGCGCCCAAGCCCCUCCUUUCUCUUCCUGUACGGCCUCCUAGUGGUUACCCAGUGUUUGUAAGACCCCCACCUGCCAGCCCGGUCAUGGACUUCCUACCUGCUUCUCAUCAGCAAACAAGAUCUAGGAGUUCAACACAUUCUUCCGGUAGAGGUCAGUGUAUGUCCAGAAAGAACCAGUGUGAUGUCUUCAGAAGUGAUGGCCCCUAUAUGGCUAAUGAGCAAAGUUCAAGUCAAGAUGUGUUUGUGUUUGGACAAUCUUUUACAGACAAUGUUCGAGAUAAAGAAGGGAAAGAGAAUCAACAAAAUGGUCAGUCAAACCACCAGGGGACAAAAGACACUGAGAAAUCCAGACCCUGUAGUGAAACAUCCAGUGGUAACAUUAGUGUCGGCAGAGAUAAACUGAGGAAACGCAAUGUAAAUUUGAUGAGGCCCAGUCUGUCAUCACAGCAAGUUGAACAUUCAAAGCUCCUGGAUACGUCAACACCAUCUGGGAGGAUGAAGUCACUUCCUAAGUAUGCUGACAAUGGAAAAAAGUCUAGAGUUUUGAAAUCUGCACAGAGCAGCACGUCAGACUGUGACACAUCUUUAGAGAAAGACGUUGUUCCUGAUCAUUGGGAGGACCGGUGGACGGACUCGGAGGAUGUCAAAGAACCAAGUGGAAGUUUUAUGGCUGAGGAUAUAAGCUCCUCCACUCCACUGCAGGGCAAGCAGCAGCGUGGAAGCACCCCUGUUCAUGUGAUCUCCGACACGACAGGUCAAGUACAGAGAGCCCAAAGUACAAGAAAAGAGAACGGUGAGGUUGGCAAGUGCGCAUCUAGUAGAAGCAAAUCAGCUGGUAAUGAGGUCUCGAUGAAUCGAAGGAACAAGACUUGCAGUAUGCAGAAUGCAAAUAUUGACACCAAAGAUUCAAAUGAUUUUUGUACUUCUAUUUGGGAUGUGAAUGGCUCGAAAAAUACAAGAAGAAAAGCAGAAAACACCAGAAAAGAGGUCUGCAGGAGGGAGUUCGCUUUACCGCCCCCAGGCUAUGAAGACUUGGCUGAUGAAGCUGUCUCUGUUGAUAUAAGAAAUGUAGGGCAUAAAUUUCUAGAAGGUGAAAAAACUGAAGUCUCAGUGGAUGUGCGUGCAAGCAUAAGCACAAGUAAAUUGACCCAUGGAGGAGCAAAAGUCAGCUCAGAUGGUGUCCGCAGCAGAGUAACAUCACAGGGAACUGGGGCAGCCAGCACCAUCUGUGACAGCUAUACGGCAGCUCCGGCAAGGGGAAUUUACUUUAAUGGUAACACUGUACCUUUGAAAGCAGAAGUCGUUGCUACUGAUUCAUUACAAGCAAGGAGAAGGUUUAACUGUAGCAGCAAUAUGGUCACUUGUGAAAAAGGAAUAAACAACAGUGCUAACAUAAGAUCACUGGGUGAAAAUUUCCUUUCCUCUACAACAUUACAACCAAUAGGAAAUUUAAGCUCAAAUUACAAAAUUGCGCCACAUGGUGUUAAAAAUGUACACAGUGCUUCUGAUGGACAGCUGUCUUCCUUAUUACAGCAAGUCAACCUAGGGCCAUCAGCUUUCAAAUACCCAGAGACACCCAAACUCCAAGAGGCUGUGCCAUCAAACGAAGGAAAUUCAUUGAAAAUACUUUCUGAGUCUGAAUUACAGCUGCUACUAGAAAAAUUAAAACUUUCUGGAGGUAGUAGAGCAGAGGAAUCAAAGCUGUACCCACAGUUUCCAUCUUCUACCAUGGGUAAACAAAUGGAGCCUCCACAGUUUCCAUCUUCUACCAUUUGUAAGGAAAUGGAGCCUCCAGGCUUUGGGAAUACAAGAAUAUUGUCAGAACAAGAACUUGCUUCUGUUUUGAAGAAAAUUCCCCUUCAGACUGAGGAGGAAAACUGGGUUAACGGGACUAGCCAUCCCACCCAAGAAGUGAGGGCAACCGCAACCAGUUUUGUAAAUGAAGGAAGGGAAAUACACAGGGACAAGUCUGUGCUGACACGUCAAGAAAACACCAAACAAUUCAUGGCUAGCGAGACUAAUAUGCCAACUGGCUUUGGUACGGUGGAACCAUUAACGGUCAACAGCACCUCUAGCUCUUUAUUUCAAUCCAAAAAUGGACAAAAUAGUCAUCUGAGAGAGUUUACAACAGGUGAAUUACCUGAAAUGGAGACAAAACCAAAGAACACACCUGAAUGUUUUAGGUUUCAAGGAUCAAAGAAUGCACCUCUUCAUGUGAAAAAGUCAAAGUUUGAACCUCUCAGGUUGCCACGGGCUACCGGUUUCUGUGCAAGACUGACAAAUAAAAAUAUCAAUCAGAUGGCAAACGUUUCAUCAUGGAACAGUAAUGGACACUCCACAAAUUUGCCUCCCCUAGUUUCCUCUGGAUUAAGUUUUCCAACUUUUCAAAAGACUGAGCUUUUGCAUCAUGCCGAAAAUGUUUCACGAAGUGAAAGCAACCCAGAGGCCCUCACCACUGUCUCUAAUCGAGUUGGUAUUGGUAGAGGACGUGGUCGAGGGAGAGCGAAGUCUAAGCCUGAUUGUGAAUCUACAGUGCCUGGGGAUUUCAAAACGAUAGUAAGCAGCCAUGGUGCAGAUUUUCCUCAAGAACAAAGGAAACGGGCAGAUAGACGUUCAAAACCUGACAGUAGUGACAUCCCAUCGGCUUUGAUAAAAGCAGCUAUCUCUGGACUGAGGCAAAAGUCAGGUGUAGAGGACACCAAGCCAAGCACAGUUGUGUCCAGGACUCAUUCACCACCCACAGUGACUCGAAGACCAAUGUUGGAUACAAUAAGACAGUUCCCAAUGCUACCAAAUUCAUUCCAGAAAAAAUCUUAAACCAUUCCUUUCACUCACAGUACGCCCUACCACUGACUUUCCUAUCAGAGGUCAUGAAGCAGCCUCUGAGAAUGUGCCAUAAUGAGUUUUGAAAAAUUUCUUUUGAUAAACACAUUUUUCGUAAUGUUAAGAACUAAAACUAUGUCUUUUCAAGACUUGGGGGACGGGGGGUAUCUCAGACUUGGCCAGUCUUCGAUAGUGAUAUCAUGGAUACAUGUAAUAUGCUUGUCCUGAGUGACAGUUUUAACGUAUGACUUGUUGACAGCUGGUUACCGGCAUCUUUGCUGUCACACACAGGAGACCAGAGUUCGAUUCCUGAAUGGGGAGGAUUUUUAUCGAGUAUCUCAACCUUUAUGCUGGGAUGUUGUAUUGUAUCCCUCUCAGUCCGAGUUAAUCUUGGCAGGCAGUGUCAGAAUCCCGCCUCCUGAAUGAUCUAAAUAGUGUUGAUGGGGGCAUGAACAUAACAUUUUUUUUUUUUAAGAGACUGUUCUGUUUGCUACUGUUUGUUUAUCUGCUGUUGGAAUCAUUGUUGUCUGAUACAACAUUCCUUCUUAGUUGCCAUUUCUUGCGAGUAGGAACCCUGUAUUACAGAUUCCAUAAUUAACUCUGAUUUCUUUUUGAUGUUUUCAUGUCAUUUCUUGGUUAGUUAAGUUUAUACUAUUCUUAUUGGGGGGAAAAUCAUGAGAUUGCAAAAAAAAGCUUCACCUGUAGGCCUACCUGAAAAUUGGCAACAUGAACAUAACAAAACAUAUAUUGUGAUCAAAACCUUUAGUGAUUGAAAUAUUUCCAAUAGGUACUAUGAAUUUUGAGGGAUUUUGUUCUUCUAAGUACCUUCAACUUCAAUGUUUUUGUCAUUUUUGGAUUUGAAUUUUGAGUUGUGAGGAGUAUGGGGGACUUCUCACUGCUGCAUUUUGCCGUGUUGAUCCCUUCAUGCCGUCUUUGUACUUUUUACGGUAUGUUACAAUUUAUCGGCCUUGUUUAUUUCCUAAAUUUUGUUGAGUAUGCCUUUCAGCGGAACGCUUUGCAUUUCUCUUUUUCAUUUUGUACCCUUCUUUUACCUGCAUGAUCUACUCUAGUCAUUGAAUGUGAAGCCAAAGCCCAGUCUGUAUGAGAUAUUACAUGUUACUGUACAUGAUUUGCUGAGAAGUGACUACUUGAUUUUUUUAUCUUACAUUUCUUUUCACUAAUGAGCCCUCACUCUGGAGUGGUAAAAAAUACUGUUGGUUGGGCUGUUUCUUUUGUUCCUUUUUUUGCCCCAUCAAUAACUUAAGAUUGCCUUAAUUAUAUCAUGUCACUUGUUGAAUAAAACGAAAUGCAGUGGAGAUUGCUUAGAAACUA